AUAUGCCAUGUAGCCGAGCCUUGGCUGUCUAAAAACAAUGAACUCCCCCCGUGACAAGGAACUGGCACCCUUAUCUCGGAAACACCGACUCAUGGCUGCAGCUAUGCCCUGUGAGGACAGCCCAUUAGCCGGUAACACUUCCAGGACUGAUCGCAAUGGAUUAGGGGGACUUGUUCACUGUUUCAUAUGUGGGAGCGGAGUAACACCAGGGAAGGAAUUAGGGUUACAAGUGACAUAUCAGAAAGAGAGGGUUCCCUUUUUCCCGUUCCUCCAGAAUCAGGAGCCAGCCCCGGGUGCGUGUGAAGUGAGCCCGGAUGGACAUGCGCUGGUGUGCGCCGUGUGCCACUGCUUUCUGACGGAGCAGUGGAACUCAUUCGAGCGGAGCAGGACGCCCAUUGAAAAGCGCAUGUACUGGUUAAAACGUCCGUAUCAAUGUGACUCUCGGCGGGUCCCACAGGAAUGGAACAUGUCUUAUGAUAUGGAGAGGAGAAUCAGUGUCGGCAGCCAGAAUUACGAAGGGGGCGCAGAGUCUGAUUUCUCAUCCUUCUCUGAAAACGAAAACAUAUCAGACCAAGAGAUGGAUUUAGUCGAACGAGCUGGCAAAGACAAGUGUCUGAGGGCAUCUGGCAAAUCACCAAGAGACAGCAACAGAAAAAACAAUGUCAUCAGUGUUAAAAACAGCCCCGAUUCGCAGCGGGCGAUCCGUUACCCCAUGGGUGUUUAUGGGGCGCAGGGAUCUCCAAAAGCGGAGAGUGUGCUGCCGGGGAGGCGGGGUGCUAAAAUUAUGAAUAAUGCCUGUCAAUCAUCUGAAUCUCUGGCAAAAUCCCAGGAGAGAUUCCCUCAGCGAUACCACGACAGUCCACUCUCUGACGCACCUGUGCAAGACAACGGGGUCAUUAUGCGCAACAGGCGAUGGCUGGAGGAGGGGAAUGUCAGACAUGUGGAGCCUCGUCAGAUCCAGCGUUAUGCCGACAGCAGCUGUCCUUCAUCCAGGCAUCCCUCCCUGCUGUUCCGAGGAAGAGGCAAAGAUCACUCCAAUGCUGCGCUAUCAAAUGUUGGCACCGCUGCUGUCACCAAUAAAUGUAACAUGGGUGCCCAAAGGAAAAACAUCUCUGACAACUCUGAUGAUGAUGAUGAUAAUGAUGAGAUUAACAUUACAAGUGAUGAUGACAGGGACAGGUAUGAAAGCAAAGCAACCCCAACAACUCACCUCAGACCUGCCAAAGAUGUGUCAUCAAGAAAGUAUGCCCAGACACACCAAACUUUGGAUUCCUGUCCAGCGGAGUAUGUGUGUUAUAUCUGUGGCACUGGACUUAGACCUGAUGCUCAUUUUCAAGUAAGUGUUCAGAAGCAGGAGCGAGCCCAAGGUGAGCCGUUCUUUCCCUUCCUGUGGCUUCACUCCCCUCCCCAGGGUGCAGUACCCAUCAGUCCAGCAGGUACCACCCUGGUGUGUGGCAGCUGUCACACCUCGCUGAUGCAGCAGUGGCGGAGCUUCCAGCUGGCUGAUGUGCCUGUCCUGCAGCGCCUCUAUGUUGUUCCUCUGAACCAGUCCACCAGCUCUUUCCAUCCUCCCCACAUUACUCCCCAGGAAGGAAAAUCACCAGAGCCUAUGGACUGCACACCUGAACCCAAGGCCUCCCAUGAAGCCUGUUUCCUCUGUGGUCAGGAAUGUGGUGGGGAUAUGAGAGUGGCAUACACACAGGCUGGUGUGAGCAAAUCUCGUGGUGCGAUGUAUUUUCCCUUCAUCAGCAUGCUCCCUUGUCCGCCUAAUGCCCAGGGUGUGAGGAACGGGCGCGUGCACUGCUGCCCCCCAUGCCAUCUAAUCCUGGAGGAGAUCUGGGGUGCAUAUAGACUGACCCUCAGUGAAGAUCUUAUUACCUCUGUCAGCUCCUUUUUGACCAGGUAUCAUGCUGCGGUGGCUAUAGAGGGACCUGGACCUUCCCACUCCCAGACAGGUGUGACCUCACACUCUGGCAGCUCAGUGUCAGUGUGUUACCUGUGUGGAGCCGAGCUGUGCGCAGGACGAGAGUACCAGCUGCAUGUCAAUCCACCUGGGCGCUGUGGAGAGAGGGAGCCCUUCUUCCCCUUCCUCACAGUGCACCCUCCUGCCCCAUGUGCAAAGCCGGUGGACUCCACAGGCCUGGUGUCGACCUGUGCCCUCUGCUACCAUGACCUGCAUGCUCAGUGGGCUCAACAUGAGAGCAAGGGCCUGGGUGUCUCCACUCAUUCUCUCUCCAGUUUACCCAGUGGUACAUCCCAGCCGCCCAGCUCCCCUUGGGCCAGGCAGUACAGCUGUGAGGACUUUGUGUGUUUCUUUUGCAGGCAGGAGCAGCGCAGGCAAGGUAGACUGUGUGGUGUUACUGUGGCCAGACUACCCGUGUUUCUAUAUGCACCCCGCAGCACACGCAUGCUCCUGGUGGAUGAUGGGAAGAAGCUUGUUAUUGGCUCGUGUGUGGAAUGUAAGGCUAUGGUGCAGGUGGGACAGAGCAUUCAGCAGGACAAGGAUAGGGCUGGACACGGAGCCUCAAGCAGUGAGAGGAAAGAACCAGAACCGAGCACUCCACAGUCUAGACACAAGGUUUGUACUGUGAUUGAGAGUGCAGCUGGAGGCAGUAAAGAAGCAGAUUCUGGUACAGGUCCUUCUCAACCUGUAGUUGACCUCACCCCUACUUGCCCUGGACCUGUGACCUUGGACCCCGAGAAACCUGACUGCCCACUUUCCAGCAUGAGCCAUGAGCCAAAGUCACCAUCGUUAGGAAUGAUCUCCACAGCAACCCGAACAACGGCGACGGUCAGCCCCCUCACCCCGUCGCCGCUCAACGGCUCCAUCGUAGCCAAUGGAAGUCCAGCUACCCAGUCAGCUCACUCUGGAUUUGCUGCAGCCCUCCGUAAAUUGGCAAAACAAGCUGAAGAACCUCGAGCUGCUUCCUCCAUCAGCAGUGAAUCCUCUCCAGUGUCCUCCCCAGCCACCAACCACAGCUCUCCAGUCAGUACACCCAAGAGGGGUCCCCUCGGUCCAGGGCCUGUCCUGGUUCCCUCAGCAGGCCACAGCGUGCCAAACACUCCACCCGUAGUAACCAUUGCUCCAACCAAGACCAGCAACGGCCUCUGGAGGAGUGAGAGUCGCCAGGCUGACUCGGGGCCUCGUGGGGCUAGCAGAGAACGUCUGGGUGCAGAAGGGACCCUCCCCCAGGAAAAGAGUGCCCCCCCAGUCCCUGCCCACCUCCUGGGAAAUCCCUAUGCCUUUGGUCUCACUCCUGGUUCUGUCAUGCAGGAUUCACGUUUUCAGCCCCUCAAUCUUCCCAGACAGUUGCCUAAUGCAGUGCCCCCUGGUCCUGUGCCAGAAGAGUACCUCCGUGGUUUCCGGCCCUAUGCCACGACUGAGGAUGCCCUCCGCAUGCCCUCUUUGCCCUUGGGCUUGGACCCUGCCACUGCAGCUGCAGCAGCUGCUUACUACCACCCAAGCUACUUGCCCCACCCCUCGUUCACACCAUAUAGGAUGGAUGACCCAUUCUGCCUCUCCGCUUUGAGGUCACCUUUCUAUCCACUACCAGCAGGGGGAGCAUUACCCCCCAUCCAUCCCUCUGCUGUUCACAUGCACCUACCCGGUGUCCGCUACCCUGGAGACUUCACACACCCUUCACUGUCAGCACUGCAGUCUGAGAGGCUUCAGCUGGAGGAUGAGUUGCGGCAGAGAGAGAGGGAACGUGAACGAGAACGUGAGCGUGAAAAAGAGAGGGAGCGCGAGGCAGAGCGGGAGAAAGAGCGAGAAAGAGAGCGAGAGAGGGAGAGAGAACGGGAGAAGGAGUUGGAGAGGGAAAGAGAACGCGAGCGAGAGAGAGAACGUGAGCGAGAACGGGAAAAGGAGAGGGAGCGAGAGAAGGAACUUGAAAGACAGAAGGAGAGAGCACUGAGGGAGAAGGAGUUGCAAGUAUCUAAGGCCAUGGAGAGCCACUAUCUGGCUGAACUCCAUGCCAUGAGGGGGCAGGAGGACCGAACCAAGCCUGAGAGACUCACUCCAAAUCGGGCUGAUAAAACCAAAGAGCCUGCCCUCCCAGCACCCAAACCAGUUCCUCCUGGACUCCACUCUUCUAUAGUUCAAUCACAUCACCCUGUCCCUGGUUUAAUCUCGGGCCACAGCCUCUACAUGGGGCCUAGCACUGUUGGGACAGGACUCACAUCUACAAUGAUUGCUCAGAGGACCAAUGAGGAAGAGAGGUGGCUGGCACGGCAACGUAAGCUGAGGCAAGAGAAAGAGGACCGGCAGUACCAGGUGUCUGAAUUCCGCCAGCAGGUUCUGGAACAGCACAUGGAUUUGGGCCGGACAGGUGACGCACCAGAUCAUAGGUCAGACACACAUAGAUCCAUACCAAAUCACCAUGAACCAGGAAACCGGGACCUCCACCCUCACUUGGGUGCACCCCCACCCCUCAUCUCCCCCAAACCUCCCCAGCCACCACGUGAACACCAUCCUCCACCUCCCACCACUCUGUGGAACCCAGCAUCACUAAUAGAAACUGCCUCAGAGUCCAGACGUAACCAUGAGCCCUCAGGGAUGGGACAGUAUGAGCUCAGUCGGCUGCCCCCAGGGCCCACUAAAUAUGAGGAAGGAGGCCGAAGGAGAGAAGGGGGUGCAAUGGAAAAGUAUCCCCCUCUAAGAGGUCCUCCAGGCCUGCCAGAACCCAGCACAUUCCUUGCUGAUUUGGAGAAGUCCACCCAGUCUUUCUUCAACCAGCAGAGGGCAUCAUUAUCCCUGACCAGCCAGUAUGAACUGGAGGGAGCCAUGAAAAACAGCGCAGGACUGAAGAGUCUGCAGGGACACCAGGGGCACAGCAGAGUGGGACAAGGGAUGGGGAUGGUCACAGGCCCUGGGAUGGGACAGGUAUCCACACUAGGGCUGAUCCCAGACAUGAUGCUGAUCUAUGAUGAGUUCCUGCAACAGCAUCGAAGGCCUAUCAGCAAGCUAGACCUGGAGGAGAAGAGGAGAAGGGAGGCAAGAGAGAAAGGUUACUACUAUGAGCUGGAUGACUCGUAUGAUGAGAGUGAUGAGGAGGAGGUGAGGGCCCAUCUCAGGAGAGUAGCAGAGCAGCCCCCACUCAAACUGGAUGAUUCCACAGAGAAAUUGGACUUCCUGGGAGUGUUUGGCCUGACUACAGUGAGCCGCAGGGAUGUGCUGGUGCAGCAGAAGAGAAGAAAGCGGAGGAGGAUGCUAAGAGAGCGCAGCCCUUCACCACCUGCAUCCCAGUCAAAACGCACUCCUCCACCACCACAACUCAGCACGCGUUUCACCCCUGAGGAGAUGGACCGAGCACCAGAGCUGGAAGAUAAGAAGCGAUUCCUCACCAUGUUCAGAUUGUCUCACAUUACUGUACAACAGAGAAGAGAUAAUGAAAGAGUGGCAGAACUGCUUCAGGCUAUUAAAGAAAAGAGCGUAACCUUGGAUACCAUCAGACAUGCACCUCAUCCACUGUGCAAGAGCCCUCCUCCACAGAUUUCUGAUUCUGCUUUCACCCAACCUCCUUCUGAAUCAGAAGACCACCAUAGCGUCAGACCACAUAGCCCCUCCUCACAUUGCCCAGCAUCUCCCAAUGGCCAUCCGAAACCCCUUGGGGACACAUUAAGACCAAAGGAACCCCCUUCUCCAGCUGUCUAUCCAGACAAGGCCCGGGGGCCCAGUGAGGGACCCAUCUCUAAGAGGAGCGCUAGCCUGCUGAACAGCUUGCGGCCCCCGCUCCCCCUGCAGGCUAAAGAGGGCCUUCACAGCGUCAAUGGCCGCACCAAGCCCUGGGACAGCUUCACGCCUGAGGAAUUUGCCCAGCAGUUCCAUGAAUCUGUGCUUCAGUCGACUCAGAAGGCUUUGCAGAAACAUAAAGGUGGUGGUCCAGGGAUGUCGGAGUCAUCCCAUCUUCAGGAGUCCUCUGUCCAUUACAACAUUCCAGAGCUUCAGAGCGCUCCAGGACGGACAGUGCAGCCACUGUCACAGUCGCACUCAAAUUCACAUCCAUUUCCCCAUCCACUCACACACACUCAGUCUCAGCCCAAUGGGCAGCACUUCUCUGUAUCCGGACACCAGGAGGGCUCAGGGACAAGGGAGGACCUGUCUGGUCCAGAGGACUCUGAGGAGGAGGAAGAUGACGAUGAGGAAGAGACACCUGCUUCCAAGUGGCAGGGGAUUGAAUCUAUAUUUGAAGCUUAUCAGGAAUAUGUUGAGGAGCAAAGUUUGGAGCGACAAGUAUUGCAGACCCAGUGUCGAAGAUUAGAAGCUCAAAACUACAACCUCAGUCUGACCGCUGAGCAGUUGUCUCAUAGCAUGGGGGAGCUGAUGUCCCAGAGACAGAAGCUGGCAGUAGAAAGGGAGAAGCUGCAAGCAGAGCUGGAGCACUUCAGGAAGUGUUUAACGCUGCCACAGACACACUGGCCCAGAGGUGGCCAUUACAAGGGUUACCCUCCCAGGUGACCCCGACACACUGACCUGGCGGGGCCCAGGCCCCAUCCACCACCCCUUUCAGACUGACACUCAGAGUUUAUUUUUUAAUGGCCUGGUCAACAUGGCUCCUUAGAAGACAGUAUGGCUCGUUAGAUGAGAUGAGUGAAUGAAUGAAAGAAUGAAGUGAAUGGGUGUAUGGAUGAUAAGUGGAUGCACAGGAGACAGGACCAUACAGUGAAGGACCGACAGUCUUUGGAUUGUGGCCAGCUAGGAACUGUGCCACGAGCCACUAAUCUGUGCCAAUGUAGCCAACCACGAGAGCAUGGGGCAGGAGCACCUGAAGAUCAACAGACACGCUCCUACAUCUUACGUCGUCUUCAGUCCCUGCUGCUCUGUUGAUCAGUCCCUGCAUCCCUCGUCGCCACAGCUUCACAGACAAUCCUGCCAAUGAGGGAGCAGCUACCCCAGGAAGGGUGUGGUCAAGAGACUUGAACACUCAGAUUCUCUAAAUGAAUGCUUCUGGCCAGAUGGAAGUGAUUUUUAUCAUUGUGGCCACAUGAGCUUUUGAACUGGAAAUGCACUUAAGAAUAAAAGCUGAAGAACUACCUGGUGGUACUGUGUUACAACAAAUAACUUUUCAAAUUAGGGAAGAACUUAGAAAAUGCACAUUUUUGGAAAGACUUAAUGAAAUGUUUUAUUGUUUCGAAAUAGAAAAUUUGAGAAUAAGAAUUUUAAAAGGUGCUUCAGCCUUGUAAUGUAUAUAAUAUGAAGACUUAAAAGAAUUUUGUAUGUUUUUAUUACUUUAAUCAUUGUUCUUUUAAAAGAAAAAGCCUGCCAUUUUUAUAUGUUUAUGCUUUUUUUGGGUUGGAUAAAGAAAGCCUUGCUUUUAGUGUUUGUACUGCUGCUGGCCAGAACUGCUCAUUUUAGACAUUGAACAGAGUGAGAGAAAACAGGAUAUGGUCCUCAUCUUGCUCUCUCCUGGCACUGCGCAGCUGGAACCCAGCCACAGCCACCUCAUCUGGCCCUCAGCUCAGCAAAACUUACAUAGAGGUCCCAAGUAAUGGCUCAUGCCCUCUUAUCACCCUCCUUCACAGCAGCAUGUCUGUUUAAAUGCCCAUCACUUCUUUUUUUUUUUUUAUAACUUGGGUCAGUUUGACUGGCUUGACUAUUUUGUAUAGACAUGAAGAGUCUUUCAAGCAGCCACCUGAUACACCUGGUCCUUAAUGCUUUAGUCUUCAUUUUGUAUGACGUUAUGUAGCAUUGGACUUACCAACCCACACAACGGUUAAAUAUCACGCCUUACGAUAUUAUGUCCUUAGCAGCAGCCAUUGAGGAUAUAGUGCCAAAAUGAAGUUCAUAAUUAAGUUACAAUUGGGUAGCCAAAAAAAUUUAACCAGAAUGGCCAUCUUCCACUGCUGAAUAAUUCUGACCAGACUCACCUUCUUCCUGCAUUUAGCAUUUUUAAAGGACCCAUUGUAUCCAAAGUUGCCAAAAUUUGAUGAACAAAAGAUGCAAAAUCUC